CUGCGCUCCAGCCUCGUUGACAAAGCAAGACUCUAUUUCGAAAAAAAAAAAAAAGAGAGAGAAGGAGAAUUGGACUCUACUUACUGAUGAGAGAGUGGCAAGGUCACUUUGUAGAAGAGCAUGUGGGAUGGGAAUUGUGGCCACCUUUGGGAAAUAAAGUACACUUUCAGGGAAGAGGGAAAAACAUUAACCCAUACUUAACAGUUCUUUCAGUGAUUAGCCACAGAGUCUCGUUUUUUGUGUGUGUGUGUUUUUUUUUUUUAAAGCCAGUCAUUUAGGAUUGGGGGAGUUUUAUACUAACUUCAGGAACACUAAUGUUAAUGUGUUCUGAUAACCCACUACUAUCAGACCAGCCACUACAAACUUUUAAGAGAGUAAAAACACACACACACACAGAGAAGAGAGUUGGUAAUGUAACCUGAUAUGCGUCAUUAAGAAAGACCUCUCCUUUGCCAUUUUCUCUUAUUUUAAAUUUAUUUAUUUAUUUAUAUUUAGAGACAAGGUUGCCCUCUGUCACCUGAAGUGGAGUGCAUAGGCUCGAUCACGGCUUACUGCAGUCUCCACCUCCUGGGUUCAAGCGAUCCUCCUGCUUCAGCCCCCCUGAGUAGCUGGAAUUACAAGUGUGCACCACCACACCUGAAUAAUUACAAAAAAUUUUUUUGUACAGUUGGGGGUCUCACUAUCCUGAGCAUUCUGGUCUUGAACUCCUGGGCUCAAGCAAUCCUCUUGUCUUGGCCUCCCAAAGUGUUGGGAUUACAAGCAUAAGCCACGGUGCCCAGCCUUCUUUGCCAUUUUAAACAGAAAUUUAGAAUCUCUAAAUUAACAGUAACGCUUUUCCUCAGUCCUAUACUCAAACAAAAGAAUUCUUAGCUAUAUGGUAAUAAGAAAGACUUUUAUAUUAUAAGCAUGGGAGAAAUUUAGAAUUUACACUAUAUAAUCAUGUGCACUUUGGAUGUUGUCACUGCUCAGACAGUUCCCAGUUUUUUAGCUCUUGGAACAGUAGGAAAGAGAACCAUAAUUUCAAGGCCAUCGGAUUAUCACUUCCAAGAUUUGGAUCUUUACUUCAUUAGUAAUAGUGUAUAUAUAUAUAUGUGUAUUUGGGCAGCAGCAGCUUUUAUUGGUUUCAAAAUAGACUGCAUUAAUUAACUGAUUUAUGCCUUGUGUUCCAUUAUUGGAACGCUAGGCAUGUGAAUUAUUUAUAUCCUACUGCUCAAGGUCUGAUUCCAAAAAUUCAAAAAAUUGCAACCUCCGGCAUAAAUGGGUUAAUUCUUAAACAUACUGUGGGAUAAAUUUUUCAAUAUGAUUAAGUUCUUAUUUCUAUCCUCUUAGCCCGUUUAAGAAAGGGGCAGGUGGUGACAUGAGUAGUAGUUGUGUCAGAAAGGAAGAAAGUCACAUCUUUAGUACACAGUGGUGAGUGCCCACCAGGCCAGGCUUAUAUGGGAUGUAGUUCCUUGGCAGGGGAGGUUCUAAGGAGGUUAGUGAUCUAGUGGUUCCAUUAUAGAAUGUUUGUGAUAGUUGGGCUUUUCUUCUCUUGUCUCUUGGCUUCAUUCUAUCAUGUAUAAAUGCUUGACAUGUUGUGAACAUCCCAACUUACAUCGCUUUGGAAAGGAAGUUCCUAGUAGGCUACAUGAAUAGCAUUAGUCUUUGGAGAUACUUGAGGAUUUCAGUGAUAGAGUUGAUUAACUGUGUUAGAACCAUGGUUUAGUAGGCAGUAAAUUUGAUGUCCAAUGCCAGGUAAUGUCCAUGGAUAAGACAAGAAAUGUAUUCUAGUGAGCAUAAAGUGUUACUUUGGGAUGGUAGAAUCCUAGGUUUGUUUUGGAAAGUUUCUGUCCAUUUCAUCUUUUACGACUCAUCUGUACCUGGAUGUCUGCUAUGACCUCAAUACUGCAUGUCCAAAAUCUAAUUAAUCUUCUUCCUCAUCAGACAUCCCCCAUAUCCCAAAUAACAAAUAAACCAAAAACCUAGUUUCUUGUCUCAAUCUGGCAUUUCUGUCUGACUCUACCUUAAAUGCAAUCUUUUAGAAUGGAACAUUUGAAUUAAAAUGUCCUCUUUUUUCUCUUUUUUCUUUUAAGUAUUUACACUCCUUUCUUUGAAAUAUCUUUUAGAUUUUCCUUUUCAUUUGCAUUUCCCCAAGUAGGAAUCAGUGUAGCCCUUAUUUUUGCAAAGUUUCCUUUCAUACUCUUCUAUUUCAGUUUAUCCUGCUUAGUGAUAUGGUAGUACUAAUAAAUGUACCCUGUAUAAAUACUCACUUUCUCUUUGUCAUUUACCACAUCAAGUCUAAACUCUUCUGCAUGUGUUUAUCAUAUCUCUUAUCAGGAUGGGGAGCAGAGAUACUAUAAAGACCAGGCCCCAGAAAAGUGGAGAUUGUGGAUUUUGUAGGAGGAGGAAGAAGAGAGUAGAUGUAUUAGGCAAGGGGCAUGCCUUUGGUAAGGUAGCCAAGACAGGAGCUGAAAAGGGUGGAUGAAGCCCAUAACAAGUCAUGCCCAUUGCAGACAGUAUCAGGGGCUAAAAAAGUAUGUUGUAAUACCCAAAGAAAUGCAAUAUAUGAGAUUUUACACCAGAGAUAUAUAGCACGUUUACUGUGCAUACUUUCAAAGAAUUAGGUCACCAUCAGUAGUCAUUAGGGAUAUGCAAAUAAAAAACACAGUGAGAUACCACUUCACACACACUAGGAUGGCUGUAAUUAAAAAGAAUGACAAUAAAUUGUUGCCAAGGAUGUGGAGAAAUUAAAACCCCUAUACGUUGGUGGGUUUAUAAAAUGGUGCAGUCACUUACUUUGGUAAACAGUUUGGCAAUUUCUCAAAAGGUUAAAUGGUUACCACGUGACCCAGCAAUUCUAGGUAUAGAUCCAAGAAAAUUAAAAACAUAUGUCCACACAAAAACUUACAUACAAACAAUCACAGCAGCAUUACAUAUUUGUAAUAGCUAAGAAUGGAAACAACCCAAAUGUUACAUCAACUGAUGAAUGAAUAAAAUAUGGUAUAUCCAUUCAAGAGAAUAUUAUUUGCCCAUAAAAAGGGAUGAAAUACUGAUAUGUGCUAUAAUAUGGAUUAAUCUUAAACAUUAUGCUAAGUGAAAGAGGCCAGACACAAAAGGCUAAAUAUUGUAUGAUUUCAUUUCUCUGAAGUGUCCAGAAUAGGCAAAUCCAUAGAGACAGAAAGUAGAGUAAUAGUUGAGAGGGGCUGUGAGGGGAAGGGGGAGUGGGAAGAAAUGCUAAUGGCUGUAGUGUUUCCUUUUAGGGGGAUGAAAAUAUUCUGGAAUUUGGUAGUGGUGGUGGUUGUAUAACUUUGUCAAUAUGCUCAGAACCCACUGAAUUGUACACUUUAAAGGGGGUGAAUUUUAUGUUACAUAAAUUAUAUCUCAAAGCUGUUAUUAAAAAAAAAAAAUUGUCACAAGGCUCAGUUACUCAAGACUCAAAAUGUGAAUGUUCCUGAGUAUAGGACCUAUAAGGCAAGAAGUCUAUGUGAAUUUCUCUGCUUACUUUAAUCUUAUCCUCAGCAGUAACACAUAACUUCACAGAUUUGGUGGGCCACUUAGGUUUAAUGAUGGUUAAUAUAAAUGCAUACAUAUCAAAUAAAAACAUUGAUUACCUAAAGUCCCCUCUUAUUUCACACUUUAGGAAAUUCUUGCUCUUGUAUAAAUGUUUGCGUCCCCCAAACUUCAUAUGUUGAAAUCUCAUCCCCAGUGCAAUAGAAUUAAGAGGUGAGGCCUUUAGAAGGUGCUAAGGUCAUGAGGAAAGAGCCCUCGUUAAUGGAUUACUUCCCUUAUAAAAGAGGUCCAAGGGAGCUUAUUUGCCACUUCUGCCAUGUGAGCACACAUGGAAGGCACUGUCACUGAGGAACAGGCCCUUACCACCCAGUCUGCUGAUGAUCUUGGACUUUCCAGCCUCUAGAACUGUAAGAAAUAAAUUUCUGUUGUUUAUAAGCUACCUAGUUUAUGGUAUUUUUGUUAUAGCAGCCCAAACAGACUAAAACAAUUCUGAAUUAUUGUAUGUAAUUGCUAAGCCAGGAUGAUUCAUUUUGAUUGUAAUUCAGUCAUUUAUUUCAGCUUCGCUUUUAGGGUUACAUACAGUGUUUUCAUUUUCUGUAAAAAAUAGUGGAGAUGGGAUAGUAGAAAGAGGAAUGGGAAGGUUGUCAUUAAAUUAUAUACGAUUUUUUUUUCUCUAAAGGAUUUGAAUGCUGAGAAUUUUAAGGUUUUUUCCUGGAACUUCAUUACAUUAACUUUAAAUCCUUUUACUAUGGCACUGAAAUUUUCUCAGUAGGGAGCGCAUCAUCAUAUUCGUCUCAUUAAACUAUGUGUAGUGCCUGCUGAGAAGUAGAUUGGGACUUGAAAAUGUUUAUCACCAUAGGAAACAACAGAAAAGUAUUUUAAAACACAGCUACUUCUCUAAGAAUUCUGUUUGGGAUACUACUAUUAUGUUUCAGAAUUCUUAAAAACAGUUUGGCAUAGUAUUCUAAUAACUGAAUUAAUUUUAUUGACCCUUAUCUUUGUAUUUAGUAAAGCAGGUGGUUGUCAAUCAUUUUUCCACUCAGUUGCCUCCCUUGGUGGGUGUGUGGGUGGCCAUAAGAUGGAGAAUGGGAAUGAAUGUGUAGUCUUUUUAAAGGGCCAGUUAGUGAUUCUUGUAUAUACUACAUCCUACCCCUACCCCAAAUUGAAAAUAUUGCCACAGUGAUCAAAAGGUAUUAAUGGAAGUAUAAUAUCCCCUUGGUCAUUGGGCAGAAAAGUGGUUAAGCACAUUUGGUGUUAGGCUGUUACAUAGAGAAAUUUAGGGUGAUGUGUUUUUAGAUGUGCCUGCUUUGCUGGGAAGAUAGGAGCUAAGAACAGAGCUUUAGACGCAGGAGUCAGAAGUGCCUGAGUUAUAAUAGCCCAUUCCAGCUCACGUUUAUCUGAAAUAGGUCACUGUCUGGGAGUUAUGUGAGUAAUUUCACUUAGCAGGUGCUGUACAAGUCCUCUAUGACUUGUAAAGUAUAAACCUUGAUUGAAAAUAGAAUGAAGUUUGUAGAGGUGCAUGACCUCAUAGCAGACUCAACAACUGAGAGAGAGCACCUCUCCCCUGACUUUCAAGCAACCACCAGCUUCCUUUGCUGUGUGUAUGUAUGACCUAAAUAGCUCUUCCAUCAGGUCUCAGGUCUCCAGCCCAAGGUUUGUGUUAGGAACCACAGGGCUCUUUUCCUGGGGUAUUUUGAUGCCUUUGGCUGUUCUUUAAUCAAAUCUUAUCUAAUACAUCCUCCACAGUGCAACCAGAAUUUUAAUUUCUAACAUACAAGUCAGAUCGAAUUAUUCCUGUACUUAAAUCCCUUCACUGGUUCUGCAUUACCUAGAAAGAAAGGAGUGUUUACUGAAUUUGGCACAAUGUUAUAACUUGACUGUUAGAUGAUUCAUUCUAUUGGGGUACCUUCCUUUAAGACAACUCAGUGUAUUUAGAAAUUCAAAUUCCUUGUGUGUUUUGCACAAAGCCUCUACCUAUACAGCUUGUGUGAUACUGGCCUCGUUCGGCUAGUGCUGCUUCCUGUCCUGCCUCUGGUGGUUGGUUGUUGAUUCGUUUGGUCUAAGUGGCUGCCAGCUUAAAUCAGGAGUGCGAACCAGAUCAGAUACAACUCUGAAGGCCACAGAGAGGAGUUUGACUUUUUUCCUCCUGUAUAUGUAUGGUGGGAAACGAUCGGCAGGCUGCAAGCAAGGGUUAUGUUAUGAUUUAUGUUUUGAGAUGACCACUUUGGCUACUGAUUGAGGAAUGAAUUGUGGCACAGCAUGAGCGGAAGCUGGAAGAUCAGUUAGGAGACCACUGCAGUGGUCCUAGGCCUAAUGCCAGACGGUGGUGGCUUGCAUAAGGGUGGUUGUGAUGGAAACAGAGGUAAUAUAUGCUUUAAACACUAAAAAUGAUGAGCAUGAAUCUGCAAUUCAAGCCCUCAAAGAUGCUCAUGAAGAAGAAAUUCAACAAAUUCUUGCAGAAACAAGAGAAAAAAUAUUGCAGUAUAAAAGCAAAGUAACAGAGGAGCUAGACCUUAGAAGAAAGAUUCAAGUUUUAGAAGCAUCAUUAGAAGAUCACAUAAAAAUGAAGCAGCAGGCUUUGACAGAAUUUGAAGCUUAUAAGCACAGAGUUGAGGACAUGCAACUUUGUGCAGAAGCCCAGCAUGUGCAACGCAUAGUGACCAUGUCUAGAGAAGUCGAAGAGAUUAGAAGGAAAUUUGAAGAAAAAUUACGGAGCUUUGGACAGCUUCAGGUACAGUUUGAAAAAGACAAACGAUUGGCAUUGGAAGACCUGCGGACUGCUCACAGACGGGAGAUACAAGAGUUAUUGAAGUCACAGCAGGAUCACAGUGCCUCAGUAAAUAAAGGGCAGGAGAAGGCAGAGGAACUACACAGAAUGGAGGUGGAGUCCUUAAACAAAACGCUUGAGGAGCUAAGACUUGAACAGAAGAAACUAAUUGAGGAUUAUGAAGGCAAGUUGAAUAAAGCUCAGUCCUUUUAUGAGCGUGAGCUUGACACUUUGAAAAGGUCACAGCUUUUUACAGCAGAAAGCCUCCAGGCCAGCAAAGAAAAGGAAGCUGAUCUUAGAAAAGAAUUUCAGGGACAAGAAGCAAUUUUACGAAAAACCAUAGGAAAAUUAAAGACAGAGUUACAGAUGGUACAGGAUGAAGCUGGAAGUCUUCUUGACAAAUGCCAAAAGCUUCAGACGGCACUUGCCACAGCAGAGAACAAUGUUCAGGGUCUUCAAAAACAGCUUGAUGAUGCCAAGGAGGGAGAAAUGGUCCUAUUAAGCAAGCACAAAGAAGUGGAAAGUGAGCUAGCAGCUGCCAGAGAACGUUUACAACAGCAAGCUUCAGAUCUUGUCCUCAAAGCUAGUCAUAUUGGAAUGCUUCAAGCAACUCAAAUGACCCAAGAAGUUACGAUUAAAGAUUUAGAAUCAGAAAAAUCAAGAGCCAAUGAGAGAUUAUCUCAACUUGAAGAGGAAAGAGCUUUUUUGCAAAGCAAAACCCAAAGUCUGGAUGAAGAGCAGAAGCAACAGAUUCUAGAACUGGAGAAGAAAGUAAGUGAAGCAAAGAGAACUCAGCAAGAAUAUUAUGAAAGGGAACUUAAAAACCUGCAAAAUAGAUUGGAAGAGGAGGUGACUCAAUUAAAUGAGGCCCAUUCUAAGACUUUGGAAGAAUUAGCUUGGAAGCACCAUAUGGCAAUUGAAGCUUUCCACAGUAAUGCAGUUAGGGAUAAGAAAAAACUGCAAAUGGAAUUGGAAGAACAACAUAACAAAGAGAAACUAAACCUAGAAGAGGAUAAAAAUCAGCUUCAACAAGAGCUAGAAAACCUAAAGGAAGUACUGGAAGACAAGCUGAAUACAGCCAAUCAAGAGAUUGGCCGCCUCCAAGAUCUGGUAAGGAAAAGUGAACAAGGUCUUGGCUCUGCAGAAGGACUUAUUGCUAGUCUUCAGGACUCCCAGGAAAGGCUUCAGAAUGAGCUUGAUUUGACUAAAGACAGCCUAAAGGAGACCAAGGAUGCUCUAUUAAAUGUGGAGGGUGAGCUAGAACAAGAAAGGCAACAGCAUGAAGAAACAAUUGCUGCCAUGAAAGAAGACGAGAAGCUCAAAGUGGACAAAAUGGCCCGUGACUUAGAAAUCAAGUGGACUGAAAAUCUUAGGCAAGAGUGUUCUAAACUUCGUGAAGAGUUAAGGCUUCAACAUGAAGAGGAUAAGAAGUCAGCAAUGUCUCAACUUUUGCAGUUGAAAGAGCGAGAGAAAAACGCAGCAAGAGAUUCAUGGCAGAAGAAAGUAGAAGAUCUCUUAAACCAGAUUUCCUUGCUGAAACAGAAUCUGGAGAUACAGCUUUCCCAGUCUCAGACUUCUUUGCAACAACUGCAAGCCCAGUUUACGCAAGAACGACAGCGGCUUACGCAAGAGCUUGAAGAAUUAGAGGAGCAACAUCAGCAAAGACACAAAUCAUUAAAAGAAGCACAUGUCCUUGCAUUUCAAACUAUGGAAGAGGAAAAGGAAAAGGAGCAGAGAGCUCUUGAAAAUCAUUUACAACAGAAGCAUUCUGCAGAGCUUCAAUCAUUGAAAGAUGCACACAGAGAGUCAAUGGAGGGCUUCCGAAUAGAAAUGGAACAGGAACUUCAGACUCUUCGGUUUGAAUUAGAAGAUGAAGGAAAGGCUAUGCUUGCUUCCUUGCGCUCAGAACUCAACCAUCAACAUGCAGCUGCAAUUGAUUUGUUACGGCAUAAUCAUCAUCAAGAAUUGGCAGCUGCUAAAAUGGAAUUAGAGAGAAGCAUAGACAUCAGCAGAAGACAGAGUAAGGAGCACAUGUGUAGAAUUACAGAUCUACAAGAGGAAUUAAGACACAGAGAGCAUCACAUCUCAGAAUUGGAUAAGGAGGUUCAGCACCUUCAUGAGAAUAUAAGUGCCCUAACCAAAGAACUGGAAUUUAAGGGGAAAGAAAUUCUCAGAAUACGAAGUGAAUCUAACCAACAGAUAAGGUUGCAUGAACAAGAUUUAAACAAGAGGCUUGAAAAAGAGUUGGAUGUCAUGACAGCAGACCACCUCAGAGAGAAAAAUAUCAUGCGGGCAGAUUUUAAUAAGACUAACGAGCUACUCAAGGAAAUAAAUGCAGCUUUACAAGUGUCAUUAGACGAAAUGGAAGAAAAAUAUCUAAUGAGAGAAUCAAAACCAGAAGAUAUACAGAUGAUUACAGAAUUAAAAGCUAUGCUUACUGAAAGAGACCAGAUCAUAAAGAAACUAAUUGAGGAUAAUAAGUUUUAUCAGCUGGAAUUAGUCAAUCGAGAAACUAACUUCAACAAAGUGUUUAACUCAAGUCCUACUGUUGGUGUUAUUAAUCCAUUGGCUAAGCAAAAGAAGAAGAAUGAUAAAUCACCAACAAACAGGUUUGUGAGUGUUCCCAAUCUAAGUGCUCUGGAAUCUGGUGGAGUGGGCAAUGGACAUCCUAACCGCCUGGAUCCCAUUCCUAAUUCUCCAGUCCACGAUAUUGAGUUCAGCAGCAGCAAACCACUUCCACAGCCAGUGCCACCUAAAGGGCCCAAGACAUUUUUGAGUCCUGCUCAGAGUGAAGCUUCUCCAGUGGCUUCUCCAGAUCCCCAGCGCCAGGAGUGGUUUGCCAGGUACUUCACAUUCUGAAAGAACUGUGUUGACACAGCUCUGUAUGGACUGUUACUGAGAGCAUGGCUUUAUACAGAUUGAUAUGUAAAUAGGCUUUCCUAUGUCAAACACUGUGAAUGAGAAAGUCUUUGUCUCUCCAAUUUGAAAAUGCACUGUAUUUCCUGUGAUAUUUAUUGGAAUCAUUCUAUAAGGUACUAUAUGAUGUGUGUAAUUAUAACUGUUAUUUUUAUUUGAGAUGGAAGAGUCUUUAACCUUUGUAAUUACUGCAUAAUAAAUUUUGUUAGAA